AUGGCGUACCGCGUCCCCCACGACCGCGACCGGCGGGUGUACAUCAUCCUGCACCAGGACGGCGCCACGGUGACCGUGCUGGGCGUCUACGAGGAGCUGCAGGACGCCAACCGCGACUGCCUGUGGCAGGCGGCGCGGGCGGGCAUCGACCUGCUGCAGGACUCGCCGACGACGGGGCCCGACAAGUACCACAUCAUGCCGAUUGAGCCCGCGCGGUGGGACACGCCCGACGGGGUGUCGUGCUGGGUCGAGAGCCAUGCGGUCGUGCCGAGCAGGGUGGCAGCUUCGAAUCUCGCGUCUCGCUGA